CUCUGCUUCACCUUUAUACCUGGGGUCCCGCGGCAGCUCUUACUCCCCUCUUCCACUCCAUCUGUCCUGUGUCUUCAAGUGUGCGGAGAACUGCCUGGAGGUGACUUGAAUAGCUGCUCAGCAUGGCUGACGAUAAAAUAGGAGGGGCUGAGAGACGGGGUUCUCUCUUCAACACUGCCAAAGACAGUAAACAGUUCACGGACAAUGUCACCGGAGAGAUCAAGAACCCUCUCACGGAAGUGCCCAAGGACCAGCUGCUCGAGGAUGUACGCAACUUUGCCCACCAGCACGGCCUGCAGGAUAUCAUCCCCUUGCUCGAAAAGGGCGCUCUAGUCGCGCAGAACCCAAGGGACUUUGAGUCCUUGCCUGAGCUGGACGAAGAUGACCGUAUCUGUCUGCGCGAAGAGGUAACGCAUCGCUGGAAACUCCCCUGGGGCCUGUACUAUACGAUCUUCCUCAACUCCAUUGCUGCCGCCAUCCAGGGAUGGGAUCAGACAGGAUCAAAUGGAGCAAAUCUUUCGUUUCCUAUCGAGUUUGGUAUUCCUGACAAUCCAGCCCACUGCCCUACUGAUGCGAUCUGUGAGAGGAAUGCAUGGAUCGUUGGUUUCGUCAACUCCAUCCCCUAUAUCUCCAUUGCUCUUUUUGCUGGCUGGCUAUCUGACCCUAUUAACGAUUUGAUCGGUCGCCGAGGAACUAUCUUCAUAGCGGCCGUCUUUUCCUUGCUCGCACCUAUCGGAUCCGCUCUUACUCAGAACUGGGGUCAGCUCGUUGCCUGCCGUAUCCUUCUCGGAAUAGGCAUGGGUCUAAAGGAAGUUACCGUACCCGUAUUCUCCGCCGAAAAUACCCCUGCCAACGUGCGAGGAGGUCUGGUCAUGUCCUGGCAGGUCUGGACCGCGUGUGGCAUCUUCCUCGGCACUAUCGCUAAUUUGGCUGUCGUCAAUACUGGAAGAAUCGCCUGGAGACUGCAGCUAGGCUCCGCCUUCAUCCCGGCUGUCCCACUGGUGAUUGGCAUCUACUUCUGCGCUGAAUCUCCCCGCUGGCUGUUGAAGAAGGGCAAGGUUGCCAAGGCAUACCGAUCAUUGCUGAGGUUGAGAAACACUCCUCUACAAGCUGCUCGAGAUGUCUACUUUAUUCAUGCCCAGCUUGAGCAUGAGCGUGCCUUGCUGGUGGAGACCGGUCUGAUCAAGACGGACAACUUCUUCACCCGAUUCAUUGAGCUUUUCACUAUCCCCCGUGUUCGUCGUGCCACUCAGGCCUCUGGAGUUGUCAUGAUUGCCCAGCAGAUGUGCGGAAUCAACAUCAUUGCCUUCUAUUCGUCUACUAUCUUCGAGCGAGCUGGUGCCAACAACAUCACUGCUCUGCUGGCCUCCUUCGGCUUCGGUCUCGUCAACUUUGUCUUUGCCUGGCCGGCCGUCUGGACUAUCGAUACCUUUGGGCGUCGUGGUCUUCUUCUCUUCACUUUCCCCAAUAUGUUCUGGACCUUGCUUGCAGCAGGCAUGUCCUUUUAUAUACCCGAAAGCAGCCCUGCACAUCUCGGCCUUAUCGCCACAUUCAUAUACCUCUUUGGCGCCUUUUACUCGCCUGGAGAAGGACCGGUCCCCUUUACGUAUUCGGCUGAGGUCUUCCCUCUCUCCCACAGAGAAGUUGGCAUGGCCUGGGCUGUUGCCACGAAUAACUUCUGGGCCGCCGUCCUGGCACUCACCUUCCGUCGUCUGGACCUUGCCCUGACCACCCCCGGAGCAUUCGGAUUCUAUGCCGGGCUAAACGUCAUUGCCCUAGUCAUGAUCUUCCUAUUCCUAUACGAGACCAAGCAGCGCACACUCGAGGAACUAGACUAUGUCUUUGGCGUUCCCACACGGACUCAUGCGAAGUACCAGCUCACCAAGGUCUUGCCGUGGUGGAUCAAGCGGUACAUAUUCCAGCGCAAGCAUGCUGUGUGUCCAGAACUGUACCAUCUGGACAGCAUUCGCGAGCAGCCUGCCGAGCACGACGGUGUCAAGCAGGUAUAAGCGAUUUACCGGCAAUUCUAGGGGAGCUUAGAAGUGGUUCAGUGGGGGGUAAAGGCAUGGCAGCUGAUACUGUAUGAAGCGAGUUGAAUGAAUUGAUUGGAUCUGGUUCUCACUGUAGUUAUGGAUUUGAUAUCUCAACGAGAAACGAACAAAGACACGAAUUUGAUUACCUCUUUUUAUAUACUCCUACCAGCCUGCAGGAUGCAUCUUCGUACACUAUGCCUGAUCUGUAUAUACACAAGGCCAGAUCUCUCCUCCGCUUAACCGGAGACAGGGACAGGGACAGGGAUAAGCAGGGAGUUUAUCAACUUCUCCACACGCCAAUUUGUUUCUUCAGCGAGCAUAGUUACUCCUGCAGCUUCAUGGCUUCAG